AUGGAUGUGGAUAAAGUGAAAAAAACGUAUAGAAAGCACACGAAAGAGGAGCGAAAACUUGAAAAAAAGCGUUAUAGAGAACGUAAAAAAGCGUUAAAACGCUCUAUUAAKAAUAGCAUUGGAAUCCAGGCAGAAGUAGAACCUGUAAAGAUUUGUGCGGGUCCGUCAGAGGAUAAGGGUYGCGACAACAAAGGUGCAGAGUUGUCACAGCAUAUCAGAGGYCAGAGGUUGGUUUCUUUAGCGAGAAAUAUAUCCCCGCCGAAAGAUAAAGCUGCCGAAACCGUUGCCCGUUCGCGCGACCACGUGUUCAAAAGCGAACGUUCUCUUGCAAUACCCCAAAUUAGAAGGGAAGAUUUAACAGAGCAAACCCCUGAUACUUCUAUUGGUGGUGGAAGUUACGGAGCUUGUUUCAAAAGUUUUUACCGUGGUAACAUACCUGUUGUUGUUAAGCAGUUAAAGAACACUGUUCAUCACAGCCAAGCAAUGAACGAAGCCCGGGCAAUGGUAUCGAUACAGGGAAAAGAGCAUCACCCGUCACUACCUUUAUUAAUUGGGGUCAACUUCAAAAUUCGGCCUUUUUUAAUUGUUUCGCAGUUUCUCGGCGACAACAAUGGUACCUAUACCUUAGGAUUSGCAGUCAAAGAAUCCCUUAUUAAGUCAUCAGAUCAUUGGUUGUCAGUUCUCAURGAACUGAGCAAAGCACUUGGCUUUAUUCAUGCUCAGGGUUGGCUUCACAAUGACCUAAAGCACAAUAAUGUAGUUUUGCACUCCAAAAAGUCAAAUGAGUGGAAACCAGUUAUAAUCGAUUUCGGCAAGAGCGUUCGAAAAUCCCAGGCUUUGCCUAGCAAAUCAAAAUACAAAGAACCAAGGUUGUUCUAUUGGAUCGCACCAGAAGUAUUAGAGUGCCGAAGUCCACCCACAGUCGAGAGCGAUGUCUUUGCCUUGGGACACAUCAUCAAGAAUGUCACCCGAAAUGCCAUGAAGAUAAAACGCCCCGAACUAUUUUCGUCUUGUCUGGCUACAGAUCCUCGUGAUYGUCCYCAUAGCGCACAAGCAGUGGCAGCGUCACUGAGCGAAUUUAGAAGAAACAAUUUAAGAUAA